GACCUCUUUUACAUUACAUUGCUGUUCCUCUGCUUCCGGCUUUCUUUCGUUCGAAAAAGAGAAUCCCUCCGACCUGCAAUGGAAGACGACGCGACCAAAGCCAGGGUUUCAGAUGAAGUGCCGGCUUCCCCUCUGGGCGACGGAGAAGGAGGAGGGGAAGGGAGAGGAAGAGAAAAGGAAGAAUGGGAGGAGGCCGAGGAAGGGGACGUGGAGGAGGGCGGCUGCCGGCUAGGGUUAGAUGAUGAGAUGGACCUUCAGGAGGGCACCCAUGGGGUUGAGUUCUACCAGCAACUUGAGCGGCUGGAGUACGAAGCCCUUGCCCCGAAGAAGCGCAAGGCCCUCCACGAGCAAGAUAACCGUAGUGGCGAGACCACCAAGAAGCCAAGACGGGAGGAGGAGGAUGAGGACAGGGAAAGGAUUUUAGAAGGGGGGAUAGCUUCCGGUCUGGAAGACAGAGUUGUAGAGAUGGAGGAAGAUGAAAGAAGGGGAGGAGGAAGAGAGGUAGAAGAGGAGGAAGAAUGGGAGGAGGAAGAGGAAGGAGACGAAGGGGAAGAAGAGGAGGGAUACAGAUUACAAUUUGAUGGAGAGAUGGAUCCGCUGGACUUCGUUCAAGAGGAUGCCAAUGGUGUCGAGCUUUACCAGCAAUUUGAGAGGCUUGAGUAUGAAGCACUCGCUGAAAGGAAACGCAAGGCCCUCCUUGAACAACAGAGCUGUAGUGGCGAGUCUGCAAAGAAGCCAAGGCAGGACGAGUUUUUGGGUGUGACAAUGGAAGAGAUUAAUGAAAUGAUGAAUUUUGGCUCCCGGAGAAGAUCAAAAACUCCUAAGAAAAGGGGAAGAAAGAAGGGAUCAAAGAAUAAGCUUAGCCCUGAAGUCAAUAGAAAAAUCGGAGAUGCUACUCUUCAUUAUGCAUCUGGAGAUUAUGAUGAGGCAAUUCCUUUACUGGAAGAGGUUGUCAGGCUUGCACCAAAUUUGCCUGAUGCAUAUUAUGUACUUGGUCUAAUCUAUGAUGCUAAAGGCGACAAGAAAAAAUCUCUAAACUUUCACAUGAUUGCUGCACAUUUGACACCGAAGGACCCAUCUCUGUGGAAAAAGCUUGUAGCCUGGUCAAUUGAACAGAAAAAUGUGGGUCAGGUUAGGUAUUGCCUUUCAAAGGCAAUAACUGCUGAUCCAAAAGAUGUAGGCCUGAGAUUUGACCGUGCAUUACUAUGUGUUGAACUUGGGGAGUACCAGAAAGCUGCCGAAUCAUAUGCUCAGAUAGUAGCAAUCUAUCCUGCCAAUAUCGAGGCACGCAAGAUGGCUGCAAAGAUGUACAGAAAGUGUGGUCAAGUUCAAAGGGCUAUCAGUAUUCUGGAGGACUACGUCAAUGCUCAUGCUUCUGAAGCUGAUCUGGGUGCUGUUGACCUGCUGAUUUCUUUGUACAUGGAGAAUAAUUCACAUAAUGAGGCACUUAGGCAGCUUGAGCAUGCACACACAGCAUAUUGUUUGAAAAAGGGAUUGCCAUUACAUCUAAAAACAAAGGCAGUAAUCUGCCAUGCUUAUCUUGGAAACAUGGAAAAUGUUGAGGUUCUCCUUCAGGAUAUGCAAACGGAGCAUGCUGCAGACAAAGGAGACUUGAUUACUGAAGUGGCUGACUCGCUUGCAGAUCUUAAGAGAUAUGAUUAUGCAUUGAAGUUUUACCUUUCGCUGGAGGGAGUUGCUGGUGAUGACAAUGGUAGUUGGCACCUUAAAAUUGCUCAAUGUUACCUAGCCCUGAAGGAAAGAGGAAAAGCUAUUCCAUUCUUCUACAAAGCUUUAUCUGCAAUGGAGGACAAUAUUGAUGCCCGUUUAACCCUAUCUUCCAUUCUUCUUGAGGAAGGAAAAGAAGAUGAAACUAUUAUUUUGCUUUCCCCUCCAAAAAAUUCAGAGGCAGUCUUCGAUUUAAGCUCCACUAACUCCAAACCCUGGUGGCUUAGUGGAAAAAUCAAAAUGCAGCUUGCUAAAAUUUAUCAUUCAAAAGGGAUGCUUGAGGAUUUUGCUGAGACAAUCUUUUCAUUCAUCCGUGAAACAUUACUUGUUGAAUCCAUGAACCGAAAGGUGCGACGUGCAAAAAGACUUCCAAAAAGUGUUCUAUUUGAAAGGGUCAAGUUGUUGGAUGAACAACAUGCUGACAAUGUAUUUCAUGGGUUUAAACCAAUUGCAACAACGUCACAAUUGACCAAAGCAGCUAGAGCAAAGAAGUUGCUUCAAAAGAAGCAAGCUUUAAGGGAAGAAAAGAGAGCAACAUUAUUAGCAGCUGGAGUGGAUUGGCAAAGUGAAGACUCAGAGAGUGAAACUCCGCGGAAGGAAAUACAAGAACCUCCUCUGCCUGGACUCCUGACCAAUGAGGAAAAUUAUCAACUUGUAAUAGAUCUCUGCAUAGCAUUAGCGUCCCUGCAGCGAUAUUGCGAAGCAUUAGAGAUUAUCAACCAUACUUUGAGAUUAGCAUACAACACAAUAUCUAUGGAGAAAAAGGAGGUCCUUCGAUCAUUGGGUGCUCAAAUAGCAUAUAACACCAGAGAUCCACAACAUGGAUACAAUUAUGUAAGAUAUAUGGUUCAACAGCAUCCUUACAGCAUAGCUGCCUGGAAUUGCUAUUACAAGGUUGUUACAAGAUUUGACACUCGCUUUUCAAGACAUUUUAAAUUUCUACAUUACAUGCUGGUCUCUCGGAGAGAUUGUGUACCUGCUUUGCUUAUAAAUGGCCAUCAAUUUACUAUGAUUAGUCAACAUCAAACAGCUGCUCGGGAGUACUUGGAAGCUUAUAAACUACAGCCAGAGAAUCCACUUGUAAAUCUUUGUGUUGGCACUGCUUUGAUUAACUUAGCUCUUGGGUUUAGGCUUAAGAAUAAGCACAAAUGUGUGACCCAAGGUCUGGCAUUCCUCUACAACUAUCUACGCAUUUGCAAUAACAGCCAGCGGCAGCUUUGUUGAAGUAGGAAACGUUAUCUUCUAGUUCACGGAAAGAACCCACUUCUUGAGGUUGUCUUUUAUGCUGCUGGGUCUCAUUGUUGAAUGUUGGAAAUCUUUGGUUGUCUUGUAGGAAGCCUUAUACAACAUUGCCCGUGCAUGUCAGCAUGUUGGCCUGGUUACUUUGGCAGCUUCAUAUUAUGAAAAGGUACUCACUAUUCAACAGAAGGAUUGCCCCAUCCCCAAGCUUCCUUAUGAGUCUUCAAGCAGUCCACAGAAUCAUAAGCCAGGAUACUGUAACCUUCAGAGGGAGGCUGCUUAUAAUUUACACUUGAUUUACAAGAAAAGUGGAGCUAUUGAUCUUGCAAGGCAGGUUUUGAAAGAUUAUUGUACUUUCUGACAUUGUCUACUGUUUAAUUAUAUGCUUUUUAUGAGUCUAUAAUAAUGAUAUUAUUAGUGGAUGAAAUAUUAUUAGAUUUCUGCACGUCUUAUGCCCAUCUAAGCCUAAAUAUCAACACCCUCUGUCUACUUGUCAAGAAUCACCACCAUGCGUGCUAGCCUCAUCAAAUUUGAGAUGGCUCUAGGUAACAAAUUAUGGUCAUAUUGGGGCCAGCAUUUGCAGCGACGAAUCCUAGCUUACAAACUAAUUUGGUUCGAUUUUGGGCCCCAUGCUGUUGGAUGUGGAGAUGUUUUUUUUGUCUCUUUACUGUUUUCCUUUGCUAGUUUUGGCUUGGAUUGGGAUUUGUCUUCAGGACUUAAUUUGUUGGUUCCUGUCAUGGAACUUUUAAUAUAAUGGUUUGGUCUCAUUGUUUCUUUUCAA